GAUGAAGCGUUUGCGUAAGAAGUACUUCAUAAGUGCCACCCAACAUCAUAGUACACAAAAACAAAGUAUCUCCAGCUCAACAUUAGAGCACGUUGUUAAUUAGAUCCAUCUAUAUCUACGCUGCGUUGACUCCAAUCUAUUCAACGACUACCUGCACUCUCGCAGUGUCUCUCUCCAUUCCCAUUCUCCCUCUCGUCACAAAAACAAUGCCUCAUUCUUCUUCUUCUUCUUCUCCCGUUUCAACCAUUUCCAAUCUCCGUAUUCGCGCCCUAAUACUUUGGUCCUCCAAGAACUACGCAAUAGCUGCAUUCGUUUUCCUCCUACUCUUCUCCCUCACUCUCUUCUCUCACUUGGAUUCCCGUUCCCGUUCGCAUUCCCGUUACCCCUCCCAUCCACGCUCCACCCUCGUUCCCUUAACGCUCCUCCAUAACGCCAACCGAACGCGCGCGCUUUGCUUGGACGGGAGCGCCCCCGGUUACCACUUCCAAAGCGGGUUCGGAUCCGGAUCUCUCAAUUGGUUGCUCCACAUUGAGGGAGGAGGGUGGUGCAAUUCAAUAGCUUCAUGUACUCAACGAAAAUUCACCCAUUUGGGGUCUUCCAAUUAUAUGGAAAAAAGUAUUCCUUUUUCAGGAAUACUGAGCUCUGACCCCUCUCAAAACCCAGAUUUCUUUAACUGGAACAAGGUGAAGAUUCGCUAUUGUGAUGGUGCAUCUUUUGCUGGUCACCCCGAGAGCGAGCAGAGAGGAAGUGAGUUAUUGUUCAGAGGCCAGGUCAUAUGGGAAGCUAUUAUGGAUGAACUCUUAUCAAUUGGCCUGUCCAAAGCAAAGCAGGCGUUGCUCUCAGGAUGCUCUGCUGGAGGGUUAGCAGCUCUUAUACACUGUGACAACUUCCGGCAAUUACUUCCAAAAGAAGCAACUGUUAAGUGCCUUUCUGAUGCAGGCUUCUUCCUAGAUGAGAAGGAUAUUAGCGGAAACAGUACAAUGAGAUCCUUCUAUCAUGAUGUUACCCAGCUGCAGGGUCUUGCAAAAAGUUUGCACAAAGAUUGCAUUGAUAAAAUGGAACCAUACAAGUGUCUGUUUCCACAAGAAAUUGUUAAAAACAUAAAGACUCCACUGUUCCUUGUUCAUCCAGCGUAUGAUUUCUGGCAGAUACGCAAUAUCUUGGUACCUCAAGGAUCAGAUCCCCUUGGUCACUGGCAAAGCUGCAGACAGAAUAUUCGCAAUUGUAAUGCUAACAUGAUUGAUAAACUUGAUGGUUACCGUGGCUCUUUGCUGAAGACUUUGAAUGACUUCCAACAACGAAAAGAGAUGGGAAUGUUUAUAAAUUCCUGCUUUAUCCAUUGCCAAACUGAGAUGGAAGUAACGUGGCAUUCAUCCAACUCUCCUAAAAUAAAUGAUAAGACAAUUGCUGAAUCUGUUGGUGAUUGGUACUUUGAUCGAGAAGCUGUAAAGCGUAUUGAUUGCUCUUCUUUUCCCUGCAAUCCCACUUGCCACAAUAUGGAUCUCACUUGAAUACAAAACAAAACAUGGCUCCAUUUUUAAUGCCACAUUUAUCUCAGAUCUUCGUUGCUUGAAGUUCAUGAAGAAAUAUACUUCCAUUUAUGCUCUUUCUUGAGAGUGUGCCUGGGGAGUUAAUCUUAUUCACUCUUGCGUGAUACGUGUUCUACAGUGUAUAGAUAUUAUGCCAUGCAGCAUGAAGUUUCCCCUUGACCAAGUAACUCCUGCCCGUCCUUGUUAUAUAACCAUUGUAUCAUUUUUUUUGUCAGUAUCUUUAAGUUUUUAAUUUUUUUUUAUUGAUUUCCUAAUGCAGAACACUAAAUUUUGUGACUAUUAUUGUUAUCUGUACUGUACUUCUUGAAUCAAGUUUUUUGUAAUACCUUAAUUCUAACCGUAGUGUUUUAGUUAGAUGUCUUUUCUCAGAUUGCCACA